GUGUGGUUAGUACACAGCUGGCUGUUUUUUUAAUUCAGUAAGAAUUGUGCAAAAUUAUACAGUUAAACUGACGACUGUGAUAAACAAUAUAAUCAAAAAUGAAAACACGGUUUAGUUCUUAUGAUAUUAUAUGUGGAGUCGCGGAACUUCAAAGGUUAAUCGGUUUACGUGUAAACCAGGUAUAUGAUAUUGAUAAUAAGACUUAUCUUUUCCGGCUUCAUGGAGGCGGAGCGUCGGAGAAGAUUACGUUGUUGAUUGAAUCUGGUACUCGGUUUCACACGACUGCUUUUGAAUGGCCAAAAAAUGUGGCACCUUCGGGAUUCUGCAUGAAGUUCCGGAAACACUUAAAAAAUAAAAGACUUGAGCAUAUAAAUCAACUAGGUGCUGAUAGAAUAGUUGACUUUCAAUUUGGCACUGGUGAAGCUGCUUACCAUGUGUUUUUAGAGUUAUAUGAUCGUGGAAAUGUUAUUUUAACUGAUAAUGAGCAAACAAUAUUAUACAUAUUAAGACCUCACUCGGAAGGAGAAAGUAUAAGAUUUGCCGUGCGUGAAAAAUAUCCAAUCAAUCGAGCGAAAAAAGGAAAUUCUGAACUGCUGGAAGAAGAACUGCGUGAAAUAGUAGAACAUUCAACUGAAGGUGAAAGUUUGAAACGUAUAUUAAUGCCAAUUUUAGACUGUGGUCCAGCAGUAAUUGAGCAUGUUCUGAUUGAACAUGGGUUAGAAAAUCACUUCUUAAAAGGUUCUGUCGAUCAAGAGCAAGGACAAGCAGAAUCAAUAAAAAAACAAAAUAAAAGAAAAAACCGGAAAAAUCUGCAGGAAGCUCAAUCUGAUAUAAAAUUGUUUGAUUUAACGUCAGAUUUACCGGCACUUAUGCAGGCAAUCAAGAGCGCGAGGGAUAUAAUUUCAAUUGGACAGAAUGGAAGCUGCAAAGGAUUUAUAAUUCAAGUUAAAGAAGAAAAACCCACAAAUACUGAACAUACAGAACAUUUUUAUAGAAAUAUUGAGUUUCAUCCAUAUUUGUUUUCACAAUAUAAAGAACUGCCUUUUAAAGAAUAUGAAACAUUCAUGGAGGCAGUUGAUGAGUUUUUUUCAUCUCAAGAAUCACAAAAAAUUGAUAUGAAAACAUUACAACAAGAAAGAGAAGCCCUUAAAAAGCUUUCCAAUGUCAAAAAAGAUCACACAAAGCGUCUGGAGGAACUUAACAAAGUGCAAGAUGAUGAUAAGAAAAAAGCGGAAUUAAUAACAUGCAAUCAGAGUUUAGCGUUUUUAUUUGCUUAUAUAAAAUUCCAAGAAUAACGAAAUAGAACCUAC